AUGCCAGAAUUUGGUCGAUGUGAUGAUCCAUCAUGUAAUGAAAAAGCUGUUCGUUUAUUCGAUUGUGCUCAUCAUUGUAUGAAAAUGAUUUGUCUUCAACAUUUGAUUGAACAUGAUCGUUUAGUUGAAAAUAAUAAACGACAAUUAGAAAUUGUUCAAUUAGAACUUAAACGUCUUUAUUCAAUUUAUUCAUCAUUAAUUGAUGAAGAUAAAAUUCGCCAUGAAUAUGAACAAAACUUAGAUGAUUAUAAAAAAUUAGUAAAUGAAAUUAAUACGUUAUUAGAAAAUAAUUCAAAUGAUAUUGAACAAUUUCGAUUAAUAAUUGAAAAAUUAAAGCAAACAAUUAACGAAAAACAAAGACAAUCAGGUGGUGAUUCUUUAACUAUUGUUAAAGUUGAACCGAUUGAAGAAAUUUCAUCAUCGACAACGAAUGUAGAAAAAGAUGAAUCUUUAUUUAUUGGCUUCGAUCGAUUACAAAAUUUAAUCAUAGAUACUGAUUAUCACCGACGAAAAACUAUGGAAAGUACUAAUGCAAGGAACCAAUCAGAAAAUACAACAAUUAUUGCCACUGAUGAUGAUAAUUAUAGCAUCAAUACAAAUAUUCAUAUUCAUCGACUUGCUGGUCAAUGUCCACUAUGGGUGAAUGGUGCCUAUGGUCUCAAUCAAGAACAUCAUUUUCAUCGUUUAUGUCGGAAAAAAUGUUUUGCAGAUUUAAGUAGUCAUAUGCGUCAAUAUCAUGGUUUAUUAACACCAAUUGCUAAUGUUAUUGCAAGAGCUGUUUAUUCGAAAAUACCAGUUACAAAACGUUUAAUUCCGAAUGAUCUACAGGUUAUUGAUCCACGACGAAGUUUUUUUUGUCCACUACGUGUUGAAUGCCAAAAUCGAUGUUGGUUAUCACCAUCAUCUCUUAGAACUCAUCUUAUUGAUGUACAUCGUAUGAAUCAAUCGAUGGCAGAAGUAAAAGUUAAAAAAAUCAAAAUAUUAAAUAGAAAUAAACCAAUGUCAAAAAUAAAAAAUAAAAUCUUGCAAAUUAUUAAAAAAAUCGAAUCAACAAGUAAAGAUCAAAAGCAAACAUAUACAUCUCCAACGAUUAGAAAAAUUAACGAUGAUCAAUGA